AUGUCUUUCGUGUUCCCUCGAGAAAUUAGUAAUGAUUAUGAAAAAUUACUUGAAGUCGAAGAAGAUCAAGAUGUCAUUAUAUAUGCUGGUGAAAAUGAAAAUUUAAAAGAAUUUCGUGCACACUCACUCAUCUUAUGUACUAGGUCUCAAUAUUUUUUUGCGGCUUUCUACAAUGAUUGGGUCGAAAAGAAAAAUGGAAAUUUUAUUUUGAAAAAACCAAACAUUUCUCCUCAAUUAUUUAAAAUUAUUUUAAGAUUUAUUUAUUGUGGGAAAAUUGAUUUAACAAAUUUUCAAGGUCCUGAAAUGUUAAAACUUUUAACGGCAGUAGAUGAACUUAAUAUUCAAGCAUUGAUAAAUUGUGUUCAAAAGUAUUUAAUCAAUGACGAUGAAAAAUUUUUACAACAGAAUUUUACGGAAAUUCUUCAAAUAGUUUAUCAUAAUGAACUCUUCACAGAGUUAUUAAGUUAUUGCCUUCAUAAAAUCGAAAUAUUAUUUAAUUCUGAUAAAAUUCUUAGUUUAGAAGCACAUUUAUUGGAAUUUCUUUUAAAACAAGAUGAUUUAAAUUUAGACGAGAUUGAAGUUUGGGAGGGUUUAGUUAGAUGGGGAUUAGCUCAAGCACGAGAACUUGAUUUAUUUAAAGAGAUUCUUUAUAAAUAUAUUCCUUUAAUUAGAUUUUAUGCGAUACCUCUUGAAGAUUAUAAUAACAAAGUUAAAUCUUAUGAACAGAUUUUACCUAAAGAAUUACGUGAAGAAAUUUCAAAAUUUCAUCUGGAACCCGAACCAUCACUCAACUUUUUACCAAGACGUUUUGUUGAUUCUACUAUAAUUAGUCGAAAACAUGUCGCAAUUUUUGCAAAUUGGAUUGCUAAAAGAGAUAGAGGCAAAUACAAAAAUUGUAAGGUUUCUUAUAAAUUUAAUCUUUUAUUUAGAGCUAGUAAAGAUGGCAAUACAGCUGAAUCAUUUCAUGCUAAAUGUGAUAAUAAGGGAGCUACUUUAGUAGUAGUAAAACUUAAUGAUUCAGAACGUUUAGUUGGAGGAUAUAAUCCACUUUUUUGGGAUUCAAGUAAUAGUGGUAAAAAUACAAAAGAUAGUUUUAUAUUCACUUUUGAAAAUAAAAAGAAUUUUCGAACUGCGGAAUUUGUUUAUAGUUAUAAUGGUCAAUUUUCUAUAUAUUGUGGUUCUUUUAAUGGUCCGGUAUUCGGUUAUAAUGACUUAUCUGUAAAUUAUAAUCAGCCUGAUACUUGGUACAGUUAUUCGGGAAGUUAUCCUAGACUUGACUUACCACACAUUAUGAUCGCAAAUGAUUAUGAAGUAUUUCAAGUUAUUAGAAAAUGCGUAUAG